AUGGCACGAACAGCGAGCGUGGCCGAGGGGCAGGCUGGAGUCGACGUCGAUAUCCGAGCCGAAGGCGACGUGACGGACGAGACGCUGCGCACCAUUGUCUGUCGAGGCAUUGAGCUCAAUGUGGAGGAGCUUGGGGCUGCCUUGGAGCAGAUGCGCAAAGACAUGACGGAAACAUUGGACAAGCACCUCUUGUUAGUCUCAGGCCUGCGGACGAAGUACGAGAACGAAAAUGAGCGGCUGCGAUUGAAGGAGGAUCGGACCAACAGGGUCAAGAACUGGUGGGUGGGCCAUGGCAGUCCAGCCGAGAACGCGCUGUUUGAUCACAUUGGCCAGACCCCGAGUCUGCGGCAAGAGUUUAUCCGAACGGAGCAUGGGUCCAGUGGCGAGCUGACCUUUCGAGAGGACAGGGUCUGCCGCCACGAGCCUCUGUGUAUCAAGGGCUGUCCUACAAAAACGGCGUGGGCCGGCAACGAGCCGCGUUUUUUUGCCGAGAAGCAGCUCUCCAUAUUGACCCGCGUGAGCAAGACCUACUGGCUGUCCCUGAACGAACAGCACACCUUUCGAUACCCUCUGGAGCACAUGCUGAGCAGCUGGCUGCAAAAGCGGGGCGGGCUGGACACCCCUGACGACGAGAAUGGCAUUCACAAUGCCGAGCAGGACGACGAAGAUUUCCUCGCCGACGAGCUGGAUGAAGACCACAUGAGCCACGACGAGACGAUGACUUUGCGACGCGAGGUCCGGGACGCUCGAAACCACUACAACAACAGCCACCUGCUCUUCAACAUUGCGCCCCUGCAGACGAUGGUCAGCCCAGCCACCAUAUAUGCGACAUUUCGUCGACAAAUGACCACGUACCUGCAUCGGCCAAAGCUGGGGGUGGCCACGUGGCGACACGCCGCAACCUUCUGGAUGACGACGUUUGUCAUUAAUCGACUGUCGGCCGAGACGACCGGCGCCCUGGGCAGCCUGAUCCACACUCAAGCUCAACACUCUGGGGACACGGCCCAGCGGGCCUAUGCGCGCACAGCCAGUGACCAUGUGCAAACCAAAAUGUCGUCGCGACUGAUGCAUCAAGUGGCCUCGCAAAAGUGGCAUGCUUUGUUUGGACUAGAUCGCAAGCGCAGCAUGGCCGAGUUGACCGCGAGCCAAGAAGCAUUGGAAGCUCGCUAUCCCAUCAGCUGGAACCCGUGGCAACGGGGUGAAUGCGACGUCAUUGUGGCCACCAGCUGCCUCAGCACGGGUGUGGAUCUGCUCACCAUUCGCCACGUGCUGUGGUAUGGCAACGGCUACAACGUCUAUACGCUGGCCCAGGCAUUUGGUCGGGCUGGUCGCGAUAAACAGGGUGGAACUGCCGAGCUGUGGCUACCAGUGAGACGUGGGCCAGCACCAGGCAUGGAAAAGUUUGUCGAGGGCAAUGCGUGUCGCAGCUGGGCGCUCGGCAAGUUGCUAGAUCCCCGCGCCGCGACAUGCUUUGCUGCCGGCCAGCCGCUUUGUGACGUGUGCGCAGGAACAGCACAGCGCCUGGAGCCAGCAAUAGCUGCGCGCCAGCAGCGCGCUGCCCAAGCGUUGAGUGUGGCGCAUGUGGAAGCAGAGCCCGAGGCGAUGGCGGAGGAGGAAGAUGUGUUGUCUGAGCCACCUGCAGCACGGCUCGAGGAAGAAGAAUCGAUCGGGCCAGGGUCCACCUUGGAUGUAACUUUAGCAUCGAACAUUGACACGGCAGCAUCCCCAGGAUCAGCUGCCGUUGCAGCGCAGUCGAGCAGAAGCACUCCACGUGCCCAAGACACGGCUGUGGUGGCGACAAAUGCAGGGCCAAUGACGGAUGCUGCUGUGCCACGGAUACAGACGAGUGAUGCUUGGAUUGAUGAGGCAGAUACAGCAUCCAUGUCGGUGCCAGCUUCACCCAUGGUCUCUGAUGCUGAUGACGAGGCGCCUAUACAGCAAGAGGCGCGCGACCCGGAGCAAACCACGUUGGCAGAGGGCGAGAGCACGCCACAGCCAGUCAUGCAGUCAGCAGCACAGCCAACCCCCACGAAACACACGCCAACCCCGUCGGCCUCGAUCAUUUGCGUGCCAGUACCAUCGGCCUCGGGUUCAACCUCCUCUCCGGCGCGAUCGGCUGCAAGCUCAGCCUCGGGUACACUGCGGCGUAAGCGAGUGCCGCUGGCAGCUGAAAGUACAUCUACCCCUGGGUCUGACGAUCAUGACGACGAUGGCAACAGCAUCGCUACCAGCCCUGCGCCCUCAACAUCCAAGCGAUCGGCAUCGGAUGGCACGAGCACAGCUGCUGCUUCUUCAACAGCGGCGCAAGCAGCGGAGGCGCCUCUUCCGCAGCAAAACGAGCAGCAUCGAGUGGCACGCGCACCGCUACCGUUGCCGCUACUGCUACCACUCGCUCUGAAGCCACGGUAUCUGCUGCGGCUACGCCACCGAAUCGGCACAACGUCGCGCCAAUAUUUCGGUCGAAAUCAGGAACAAAAAAAAAAUAUCUGA